CGUGUGUUCACUACUCACUGGAAUGCAGAGGUCAAUUUCGGGUAUGUGUCACCAUACCUGACAAAUAGGUCACUAAUAUGUCACAAAAAAUAUAGUCUGUUAAACUGUGCAGAACUGCGGCCCUCCAGGAACGAAGUUUGACACCCCUGGUUUACACUAUCACAAUUAUUCAGUUAUACUGUGAACAUUGAUAUAAUUCAUCAACAUGUAUGCAAUAUUGAAUGCUUUUAUAAGGUUCUGCCUCUUGCAUCAUUUCACUUUAUAACUAUUGCUGCACUGCUGCUUAUACGGUCCAUUUUGUUUAUACGGUUCAUUUUGUUUAUACAGUUCAUUUUGUUUAUACGGUUCAUUUUGUUUAUACGGUUCAUUUUGUUUAUACGGUUCAUUUUGGUUCUUAUUUAUUAUGUGUGCAUACAAUGACAGUAAAGAUUCAUACAUUGAUUCAAUACUGUCAGAUGUUCUGUUGUAGAGUGGGAGAAGUGCAUCUUACUCAAACAAGUGGGAUUAAGGCAAGAAAUCACAUUUCAGUUGUCUGCAGCUUCACAAUGCAAUAAAAAUAUCUAAACAUAACUGUAAAAGUGAUCUUGAUUAUAAUCUUGAUUUGUGAUUUUAAAAAGUUUUUGUGUCAAUAGGGCAGGCCAAAUAUAAAUCAUAGUCUUAUAAUCUAAAACAUAUGAUUAUAAUAAAAGAUGAAAUAAAGAUAUUAUGUCAUAACUUCUUUUAUUAACCAGUGCCCUUCCCCCCCAAUCUAGUAUCAUCACAGACACAGAAUGUUUCAUGACUCGGUUGUGACUUCUGUUUGUGAGGUGGGGGAAGGGUGUGGGGGGAAGGGUGGCGCGGGGUGCUGGUGUCUGUGAGGUGGGGGAGGGGAGGCAACUGAUUACACAGAGAUUUCCUUCAAACUAAGCACAAAGUAUAAACAACUUAAAUAGAAUCAACGAUAAAAGAAGGCGAUAUUAGAGGUUUUCACGUGUAUUUUAUUGAAUAAGCAAGGCACAUAUAAAUUACACCUACUUCAACAAAAGUAAACAUGCCCUCUGCUUUUGGGAAGAAAUGUGUUAUUUCAAUGCCUAAUGUACGUCUCCCCCCGCAUAAAACUGUUCAUACCAUUAAUAAACGUAUGUGUUUGACUUCAUACAGCGCUGCGCAAACCGUAUGACAUCAAAGUAGCACGAGAGCAGACGAUCCCGUAUGUUUUAAUCCGCUCUCGCGGUACUGUGACAUCAUAUGCCGAUCAGCCUAGCUGCGCGAGGACAUGCUGUCUGCAUUCCUUUACCGGACUGUUCACGUCACUCUCGGUGAGGAUAGGCGGGGAAGGUGUUGCACGCGCUGCCUUUACAUAGAGAUGGAAGCGGGAUCAAAACUACGAUUACAAGAUCCAAAACUGGAUAUCACAUCAUGCGAAUUACUGCUACUCAACGCAGGUAACUAUGGGGAGAGCGGGAUGGAGGCGUUCAAGGAGAUGUCAGCGAAAGAAGGGAUUUGUAUUGCUCACUCGGAUAAAAUCUGGAGUAACGCCGGCGAGCAAAACUUUGAUCGUCUGCUGAUGAAACUGCGUAAAUAUCUGCCCAAAGCUCGUGUGGUGGCCUGUUUCUGCGAGGGCAUGACCGUACGUAACAUCCUCAUGGCCAUGAGGCGUCAAAACCUUGUCGGAGAGUUUCUACUGGUCGGCAGCGAUGGGUGGGCGGACCGUUAUGACGUGACUGACGGCUACGUGCGCGAGGCCGCCGGCGGGAUUACGAUAAAGCUUCAGUCUGCAGACGUGAAAUGGUUUGACGAUUAUUACCUGAAACUACGACCUGACAACAACCUGAGGAAUCCGUGGUUCCCCGAGUUCUGGCAGCAUCGCUUUCACUGCAGACUGAAAGGACAUCCACAGGAGAACCUCAAAUACAACCGAACCUGCAGCAAGCGAGAUUCUCUCCGGCAGCAGUAUGCUCAGGACACUAAGAUGGGUUUUGUAAUAAAUGCCAUCUACAGUAUGGCCUAUGGGCUUCAUAACAUGCAGAAAGCUCUGUGUCCUGGUAUGGUGGGACUGUGUGAUGCCAUGAGACCCAUCGAUGGUUCCAAACUGCUCGAGUUCCUCAUGAAGACCAACUUCACUGGAGUAACGGGGGAAAACAUUUAUUUUGAUGAGAACGGGGAUUCACUCGGAAGUUAUGUCAUCAUGAAUUUUAAGAAGAUGGGGAAGGAUUAUUUUGACUACACAAACGUGGGCAGCUGGGACAACAGCGGACUGCAGAUCGAGGAUGACGAGAUCUGGCCCAACAAAGAUGACAUCAUCAAAUCAGUGUGCAGUGAACCCUGUGACAAAGGUCAAAUCAAGGUGAUCCGUAAAGGUGAGGUGAGCUGCUGCUGGACCUGCACUCCCUGUAAAGAAAAUGAGUUUGUUUUUGAUGAGUACACCUGUCGAGCAUGUGAGCUGGGUUCCUGGCCCACCGAUGACCUCAAUGGUUGUGACCUUAUCCCGGUGAAGUAUUUGAGGUGGGGAGACCCCGAGCCCAUCGCCGCCGUGGUCUUCGCCUGCUUGGGCCUGAUGGCCACUUUCUUCGUCAUGUCCAUAUUCGUCAUCUACCGCGACACGCCGGUGGUGAAAUCGUCCAGCCGUGAGCUCUGCUACAUCAUCCUGGUGGGAAUCUGUCUGGGAUACCUCUGCACCUUCUGUCUCAUCACCAAACCUCAGGUGAUCUACUGCUACCUGCAGCGUCUCGGCAUCGGCCUGUCACCCGCCAUGAGCUACUCCGCCCUCGUCACCAAAACCAAUCGCAUCGCUCGUAUUCUGGCCGGCAGCAAGAAGAAAAUAUGCACCAAGAAACCUCGCUUCAUGAGCGCAUGCGCCCAGCUGGUCAUCGCUUUCCUCCUCAUCCUCCUGCAGCUGGGCAUUAUCGUGGCGCUCUUCGUGAUGGAGCCUCCCGACGUCAUUCACGACUACCCAUCCAUCCGCGAGGUCAACCUCAUUUGUUACACCACCAACCUGGGCGUGGUGGCACCGCUGGGCUACAACGGCCUGCUCAUCAUGAGCUGCACCUUCUACGCCUUCAAGACGCGCAACGUUCCGGCGAAUUUCAACGAGGCCAAGUACAUCGCCUUCACCAUGUACACCACCUGCAUCAUCUGGCUGGCGUUCGUGCCCAUUUACUUCGGUUCUAACUACAAGACCAUCACCAUGUGUUUCUCCGUCAGUCUGAGCGCCACCGUCGCUUUGGGCUGCAUGUUCGUGCCGAAGGUUUAUAUCAUCCUCGCUAAACCCGAGAGAAACGUCCGAAGCGCCUUCACCACAUCGACGGUGGUGCGCAUGCAUGUCGGGGAUGGAAAAUCGUCAUCCGCUGCCAGCCGCUCCAGCAGUUUGGUAAACCUGUGGAAAAGACGAGGAUCAUCCGGAGAGACACUCAGCUCUAAUGGAAAGUCUGUGACGUGGGCUCAGAACGAGUGCAGUUCCAAAGGCAGCCACCUGUGGCAGCGUCUCUCCUUCCACAUCAAGAAACGUGAGAGCAACCAGACCGCAGUGAUCAAACCCUUCUCCAAGACGGCAGAAGGGCGCUAUUGCGGCGGCACGGACAUCAACACCGACAACAGUAACAACAAGAUGCUCUACGAGGUCACGGAGACGGAAGAACGCUAUCCAGUCACAUACCGGCCUCAGAUGCCGUCGCCCAUCAGCACCGUGACCCACAGAGCCAGCAUGACUUUAGCGCAGAGAUCAUCGGUGGAUGCGCAGGUCAUGAGCGUCUCCACGUACAUGUGUCAGCCAACGCAGCGGGGCAACGCAACGUACGGCGGUGGGAGUGCGUCGCAGGGUUCGCUGAUGGAGCAGAUCAGCUGCGUGGUUAAUCGUUUCACCGCCAACAUCAGCGAGCUCAACACUAUGAUGCUCACCAAUUCUCCACCGGCGGGGCCCCCCGGUCUGUCCUCCAGCGCUUCUGCGCACGCUCACGCCACCGUGAUGGAACCCUCGGCCUACCGCCUCUCUCGAGAGGUUUCCAUGCCGACCACCAUGACCACCUACGCCGAGAUCCAGCCCCUCCCACCGGUGGAGUCUAACGUUAGCCGCCAGACCCCGCCUCGCCCCCUGUCCGGGUCAUUGUGCCUCAGAUGCUCACCCACAGCCAGCGGGAAGGAGUUCAAGGUGGCAGCGGUCUCGGGGCAGGAGUCUACGUCCAAUCAGCCGGAGCUCGACGAACUGUUGCAGCUGACUCCGCCCUCCCCCUUCAGGGACUCCGCUGGGUCAGGUAGCGCCUCGCCCGGUUCGGAAGUCGAAACAGCCCUUCCGCCCACACCUAAAUACGAGUGCCUGGUGCUCCGACACUACAGCCAGAGUUCCUCCUCCUUAUAGGACCGGCACAACAGAGAGGAACAACGCAUCAGAAGAACAAGACGGAGACGGACGGGAGUCCUGGCUUACAUGUGUGUGUGUUUACAUGUUCUCACUUUUGGACCAAUGCAGAACAAACUCUUUUACGGACCUGCAGUAGAAUCGCAAAGGUAUGUGAUCGUUCGUCUAGUCGGAGUGCCAUUGGUCUGUUUUGUAGUGGCCUUAAACAAACAUGGCUUUCAUCUAAUUAUUGCUGUCUCAGACGUGUUGGCGUGUCUCUGAAGAGACGGGGUGGACGAGCUCAAAGAGAGACGUGCACCAUGGGGACGUUUCCAACGUACCUGGACAUUAUAAACCUUUUCUGCAGUGUUCAUCGUUAGACAAUGAGAUUAUUAAGGGCUGGAAUAAGAUAAGAUGAAAAGCCUGUAUAAUUACAUGUUGAAUAAUCACGCAUGCACACACUCACAUGGCUGGUACACCAUCAUAAUUAAAGUCUGUGAGAGGUGAUGUCCCUGCAGAUUUCUCAAUCUUUGAACAAAGUGCUUUGUCUGAUGUGCAGCAGAGCAAUGUCAGUGCAAAUGCAGGCAGGUUUGAGAGAUACCGACAGCUCCGUCAUCUUCAGUCUUCACCUUCUUCCCGUCUGUCCGUCUUUAUUUGGGAUCAAAAUGACAGAUGAAUCUCACAGAAAACAGGUCACGAUGUCUCCUUUUUUACUCCAAUAUCAAAAGAAAUAUAGAACCAUUGAAACGUUCUACACAUUGACAGCUAUUAAUAUAUUAGUGCAAUGCAAAAAAAUCUGUUUAGAAACUAAACAAAAUAAUUAGUUAAAGGGAUGUUUUUCUGUGUCUUUGGUGUGUUAUAAGUUGCCCGUGCAUGUAUUAGGGUCUGAUCAGACAGAACGCGUCUUUUGCGGUGAGACGCGCCUCUUUUGAAUUGUUUUCAGUUGGCAGGGAGCGUUUUGCACACUGCUGCUUAUGCGCGCCGGGUAUGGCGUUAUUAUAAUGACAAAUGUCGCGAGCGCAUUAUUACAAGGCGAGAGCGCAUUCUUGUCAUACGAGCGCGCGAAUCUCUCCGCUCGCACGCCGAUUUCCUUUGCUCGUGCACAAAACUGGACGCGCGCUUUCAACUAUACGCUGCUCUCUUAUGAAUUUUCUCUCCUCUCGCUCAGUGAGCGUGUGCGCACUCAAAAUGCGUUCCGUGCGUCCACGAAUCCUUCGGUACUCUUGCUCUCGAGAGGUCCUCCUGUGUGUUCCAGGCAUUAUAGGCUGUCAAAAGUAGUCAACCAAUCAGGGAUAGGCUUCCACGGCGGGCCAAUGAAAAUGCGACCUCUUAACUACAGUAGGCCUAAUUGUUAAAAAUGCUUGAUGAAGAGUUGUUUUUCGUGUUCUUUUCUACAAAAGUGUCAUGUUAAUGUGUAAUUCUUGUAAAAUAGUAUAUUGUAAAUUGCUGAGUUUCAUUCUUAUAAAAUCUUUUAAUAUAUAAAUCUUUUAAUGAGUGGAUUCUUGCGUGUGGGUAGGUGGGUGGAUGGGGGGCACCAAGAGGUCUUAAUACGCCUCUGGAUCCACCACGUUCUCAGGUAACAAUUUUAAUAUAUUUGAUGCAACAUUAUUCAUCAAAUGUAUAUUAUAAAUGAACGGUAAGGGAGCGUUUGGUAUAUUGCAUAGAAGUUCAGUUGUGUGCCCUGAACUUCUGUAACACUGAAUGCAGAACACUUACAGUGUGUGUCUGCAAACGCAUUAAAUGCAUAACCAAAUAAGUAUAGAAUAUUAUAUGAUAUUUCCAAAUGCUCCAGUGCUAUUAUUGUUUUGAUAUGUACCGUUACUUGUAGUAAAUAUUAUUUUAGAAUAAAGCUAACUUAAGACACCAAUCUAAAUUGUUCGGUAAUCAAUUUAGUACUAUUUUGACAAUAUUAUGUUUAGUGUAGGACAUGCAUGAGGACCACAUGAACUUGAGGGUGUUGGCCUGUUUUGUCUGAAUAACAUGGUAGUUAAACUGAUGUUUAUAUGUAGCCUACAAAGCAUCCUAAUGCCCCGUUCAUUUCUAAUACACAUUUGACUAAUAAUGUUGCAUCAAAUAUAUUAAUAUUGUUACCUGAGAACGUGGUGGAUCCAUCUCGCUUCGUUGAAAACGUCGAGUCACUUUCAACCAAUAUGAUGCCAUGUAAAAGGUCGCGUUUUCAUUGGCCCGCCGUGGAAGCCUAUCCCUGAUUGGUUGACUACUUUUGACAGCCUAUAAUGCCUGGAACACACAGGAGGACCUCUCGAGAGCAAGAGUACCAAAAGAUUCGUGGACGCACGGAACGCAUUUUGAGUGCGCACACGCUCACUGAGCGAGAGGAGAGAAAAUUCAUAAGAGAGCAGCGUAUAGUUGAAAGCGCGCGUCCAGUUUUGUGCACGAGCAAAGGAAAUCGGCGUGCGAGCGGAGAGAUUCGCGCGCUCGUAUGACAAGAAUGCGCUCUCGCCUUGUAAUAAUGCGCUCGCGACAUUUGUCAUUAUAAUAACGCCAUUGUCGGGCGCCUCGCGUUUCUGCCGCCUGCAGCGCCUCGUGUUUUAGGCGGAGCGCUUUGAGCGCCCGAAGUUGAAAAAACUCAACUCUGAGCAGAAAAGCGCCUGACGUCAUGUGUACUUUUUUCCAUUGUCCAAUCGGAUGAGUGGAGAGGCGGGGCUUCCCUUGUCACAAUGAUUGGAAUGCCUGGAGACAUGGAGGAGAAACUUGUUGUGGCUGUUUCGGGUUACCUAGCAACAUACAAAAAAAACGCUGCGCGCUGCUCUUUUCAAAGAGUCACCAAUAGAGCAGCGUGGCGCACCUUUUCGAACAUGAAAAGCGCGUUCUGUGUGAUCGUACCCUUAGACUUGUAAAAUAGCAAAAAUUAAAGUGUGGGAACAAAAGAUGCAUUCUAUCUAAAAGCGAAUGCUCACCCAGACCUGCCUGAAACACCUCGUGUAACCACACCCUCACAAAUCUACGUCAGUUCAUGGUAUGAGUUGACUAAGACCGCCCAAAUGUAUACGCAAGUAAGGUACCUGUCAGUACAAUUGCUUUGGAACCUGAUGUUCCAAAUAUGGUAAGAGGCGUUAAAUUUCCGUCACACGCUUGCAGUAUUCAACCAAUCACUACGCACUGGUUAACUGGCCAAUGAUAGAACACCUUGCGGUAUGUGUAUACACAUUGCAUUACAUCUAAAACAAACGAUAGUAUUCGUUUUAGCCGUGUCAUAUGACCCCUUCAAAUAAAAGUUAAAAAGCAGAUUGACUACAAGAUUAUGAUGUCACAAUGCAAGCAAAUCUUAAUGAUUUAAAGAAUAUAUAUCUUAUUUUUUAACCUGUCCUUUAUAUCUUUGGAUUUGGGGGUGAAAUGUGACCUUGGUUUUGUGAGAUUGGCUGUUUUUUAUUGUAUUGAAAUGAUUGUGGGACCAAACUCUGUAUCUGUCUCGGCCUCUUUUAACAGAUUCUUUAACCUGCUGUUGUAAACCUCUCAUCAUGAGAUGUACUGGGGCAGUAUCGUGGUAGAAUAAUGAUGUAUCUGAUGGUAAUACCAAAGUAAGGUACCUCAAAAAAUGUCAUGGUAAAAAUAAUACUAGGUUUACCGUGGUACUUUCUGGUACUUUUUUGGUUAGUGACUAGUACAGCAAACUAGUGAAUAAAAGACUAAAAAUAUCGAUACAACCUUUUCUUAAUACAGUAAAGUAUAAAGUUACAUCUUAUCACCUCUUUAUAACUGCUUCACUGUGGUUUAACGAUUAUUAAAACACAUCCAACAUUCCAGUCCAGUCAUUAAAGUCAACAUGAAAUGAAAAUGGAGCCACUUUAUUUUAGAAUGGAAAACAAAACCACACUUCAGAUUUCUUUAAUAUCUUAAUGUUUUUUUUAUUUAAUUAUUAUCAGUGAGAUUAAAUGAGGAACAAAUGGAAACUUUUGCUUAAAGGGAUAGUUCACCCAAAAAUGAAAAUUCUGUCAUCAUUUACUUACCCUCAGAUCGUUCCA